AUGAGUGUUAUUAAUCUCCUCUCGACUUUCCUCCAGCCCAACUCGGCCCAGUUCGAAAACAGAAGAUUCCGUCCGCCGUUGUCCACCCGCCGCCCUUCGAGCUAUCUCCAUCCGGCCACCGCCACUCCCAAGCGAUCCUCCAGUCAGCCCCCGGCGUUCCUAGUGGGUCCCCACAUGGAUGCUUCUACCCUACGUGCCCUCCAAGACAAAGUUUAUGACAAGCGGAAACAUGCUGCUUUUCUCAUCGAAGCUCAAAUCAAGGACCAUGUCAUUAAACGCGAUUAUGGGAUAAUCGAUGAAAUCGUCAAUCAACUGUCUGGUCUGGCCUUCAAUAACAAUCCAUCAUGGAGAUGGGGUGGGGUGAUGGGCUUGGCCGCCUGCUCGAUCGCCCUCGGUCCUGAAAUCGCUUCCUACCUCCUCGCAAUCGUCCCCCCAAUCAUCUCCUGUUUCUCCGACCCCGACAGCAAGGUCCGCUAUUUCUCCUGCGAAGGAAUGUAUAAUGUCGUCAAAGUCGCCAAGGGGGAAAUCCUGGUCUAUUUCAACGACCUGUUCGAUAGUCUUUCCAAGCUUGCCGCAGAUCCUGAUCCUGCGGUCAAAAACGGAGCAGAGCUACUCGACAGACUAAUCAAGGACAUCGUCACCGAACAAGCUGCCACUUACAUAUCUGUAGUCUCGCCUCGUCAGCUACAAGUCAUGCGCCAGCAAAAUACACCCUCACGCCAGCAAAAUACACCCUCGCGCCAGCAAAAUACACCAUCGCGCCAGCAAAAUACACCCUCACGCCAGCAAAAUACACCCUCAACCUCCUCCUCAGAAACCACCAUGGAAGAGUCCUCUUCAUACCCUCCAGUCGUUCGCGCCUUUUCUCUAAAAGCCUUCAUCCCACUCUUACGCGAGCGAAUCCACACGCACAAUCCUUUUACCCGCCAAUAUCUCGUCUCCUGGCUCCAGCUCUUAAACUCGAUACCAGAAAUCAAUCUAGUCAGCUAUCUACCUGAUUUCUUGGACGGAUUGAUUACCUACCUCGCCGAUUCGGGUAAUGAAAUCCAGCUUGCCGUUCAAAAUUUGUUGGGUGACAUGAUGGUGGAGAUCGAUGCGGUAGUCCACGCCAAGGAAUACAAAGAACAGGAGCGGUUCCAAAAAAAGGAACUGCGAAGACAAAGAAGACUAUUCGAGAAACAAAUGGCUGGAAAUGACCGAGAUCUUCGACCACUUCCCCGUCCAGCGCAACCCCAGUUUUAUCCGAACGAGGAAUCCAAUCACGAAAAUGGUGACCCCGAAGCCGGCUCUCCGUUCAAUCAUAAACCAAGCGCUGGGACUGACAACACAGCGGUCGCGAUUGCUUCCGCAGUUGAAAAGAAGGAUGAGAUGAUCAAUGAGAUCGGAUUAGAGUCAUUAACCCUUGAAGGUGAUCAUCCGAACGAUCCCGAAGAAGAAGAUAGUUCGUCAGAAAGCUCAGACGACGAUACAUAUAUUCACGGACAAGGAGUCGACCUUAAUUUGGCUUCCAUUGUCCAAAUUCUCAUUCGAUGGAUGUGCAUUAAUGAAAUAACCGAGGAAAUUCAGGCCUUAUGUCUGAAAUGGCUGAGCGAAAUCAUUCAGAUCGAUCAAUCCGUAAUCAUUCCAUUUACGCCAAGAAUGAUUCCGAUAAUUCUCGGCUGUCUCUCUCACGAGCGGAAUUACAUCAAGGAUAUUGCGAUUGGUGCGAACUAUAAUCUCUUCCAUGCCAUCCAACAACUACCCACCCCGCCACCACCCUCUUUACCACCUGUCCCACCACCACCACCGCCCCCAGUAAAUGUACCCGACAAUGAUAAACGAAAGCACGAUCCACGGCUAAGCUCUCACGUAUCCCAUUCGGUCGACAAAUUCAGGAAUCGAAUCAUGCGUCCCGAACGUGGCAAUCCGCCCUCAACCCCGACACCCUCGACAUGGACUAUCAGGCCACGCAGAGGGACAAGACCCAAUGGGAUCGCUGAAGAAGUCGUCAAGCCCACCCCGGAUCAUGAGGUCCAAGCGGAAACGCCACCCAAAGAAGAAAUACCACCAGACCCGCUCGACUACGCACUAACCGUCAAUGCAUUAACUUUACAGUUCCUCAAUGAGUAUGAGGAAACACGAUUGGCCGCAUUGAAAUGGUUGAUGAUGCUCCAUAACAAAGUGCCGAAUAAGAUCCUGACACUCGAGGACGGAACUUUCCCGGCUCUGUUGAAAACCCUGUCCGACGAUUCCGAAGCAGUGAUUCGAUACGACUUGGAAUUAUUGUCUCAGAUCAGCUUGAGGAGUCUCAUGAACACCGAAGAGGAAGGAUACUAUUUCCGCCAUUUUAUGUGGAACCUCCUGAGCCUGUUUGGUACCGAUCGAAACUUGUUGGAGUCGAGAGGUAAUCUCAUCGUCAGGAUCUUGUGCAAAAAUCUGAAUGCCGAACGGAUUUAUAAGUCCUUUGCCGAGUACCUGGAGGCUGAUGAGGAUUUGGAGUUUGCAUCAUCAAUGGUGCAAAACUUGACCUUAAUCAUGAUUACAUCACCUGAAUUAAGUGACAUGAGAAGGAAACUGAAACAACUCGAGACAAAAGAGAGCGUUCAACUGUUUACACAUCUCUAUCGAUCAUUCAGUCAUAAUCCGAUCUCGACCUUGACCUUAUGCCUGUUAUGUCCGAUGGCUUAUGAACACGCCUUUCACCUCCUCACGAUCCUUGCACACGAUCUUGAGAUGACCGUUGGGCUUCUGAUCCAGGUCGACAAACUUGUGCAGUUGUUGGAGAGUCCAGUAUUCACUUCGCUGAGGUUGCAGCUUCUGGAACCGGACAAGUAUCCAUUUCUUUACAAGGCAUUGUAUGGGAUUCUGAUGCUGUUACCACAGAGCAGCGCAUUUGCGACUUUAAGAAAUAGGCUGGGGGCUGUGAGCACACUGGGAUACGCCCACGCUGCACCAAAGGCUAAUACCAGCACAUUGCCCGGAUCCAACUUGAACACAAUACGUGGUCUGAAAAACGCCCUCAAGCAGGCUGAUCACGAAACCGUAAACUGGAGCUCACUGUUGCUCCAUUUUAAAGCGCUCCAGACAAAACAUGAAAAGGUUCGACGCCAGCCGCCUCACCAUCUCCAUCAUGGCCGAGAGUCGGAAUCGAAUGGGAUGCAUGACAGGGAUAGCGAAUUGAAUGAAUCGAAUGAGCAGCAAGGUCCAUAUCUCAAUUUCAAUUCCUCGCAGGUUCGCUCUCCGCAGGACUUUGUCACCGAGCGAUCCGCAUCCACUCAUCCGCGACUAUCCAUUCAGCAUACUCUCGGGGGUACAGUCCCUACGGAGACGCAAGCCAUCACUGAUCCAGUAACUUCGCCAGUAGGUCACCAACGCUUGAGCAGCACGUCCACGCAGGCGACCGUCCCGCCUGCAAGCAUGAACCAGCCCAGCAAGAUCCCAGCCUCUGUCCUCCAUAGUCGUAAAAAGAGCCUAGGAUCGAUGGCCCCAGCCAGCGCCACCACCAACCGAAAAACAAGCGUGGCCGUCAGCGCUGCGGGCCCCACCACCACGAACACCAAUGGGAGCGCAGCGACGGUCGGCGCACCACCAGGCGGCCCAUCAUCUUCCUCUUCCACCGCGUCUACUCCAACUGCUAUCACCCCAAAUGUGCCCUCCUCGGGUCUCAAAACUCCCGGCGGAACUAGCAGCGUCGCUAGUAGCUCCAGUAGCAGCAUCACCACUGGAACUCAGAACGAAAAACUGCCCGGAAAUCCCCUGCCUAGUCCCGCACCCGAACCCAAUCGGUAA